UUCAAACGCUGAACACCCAAACGUGCACUAAUCGUAUCCCAAAUUUCCACUCACCCCAUAAACAAAAUAGAAUUCCACCAGCAAUUAAAAAAAACUUGAGUAAUUAAUGAAGAUGGAGUCCUCGAGUUCAAUGGAUACAGACGAUGAUCCAGUAGUUAACGAGAUUCCUGUGUAUUUAUCGAAGACCCUCGCAGACAAGCUCUUCAUCUUCCAGUACCCAAUUCGUCCAGCUGGUGAGGGUUACGACAACGCAGAGUUCCUGAAGACGGCAAUAAAACCUGAGAACCAAGAGGUACGAAUAGAAGUGGGCAUCGACAUCGGAGGGCCAAACUACGACCACCGAAAAGGAGAAUGGAUAGUUGAGAAUUCUACCUCCGAGAGUAUAAAAACCAAAGAGAAAUUGUUCGAUGGUCACAUGAUGGAUAAAAUAGUUCUCCAGUCAUCUAGAGCCUUGCCAGACUGCUCCAAUUACGCAGUUGGUGUAUUUCAGGAUGGAGAGCUGCACGUAACUCCCCUAAAAGGAAUAAUCCAACUGCGUCCGCAAUUCAAUUACUUAGAUAUGAGUGAUAAAAACGCGAAGGACGACACCAAGAAAGCCGGUGAGGAAGAGCCCGAGGAGGAGGCGAAGCAGGUGAACGUGACGUUUGCAAGGCAAAAAUCAGAGUUGGCACAGAAGAGGAAAGAGCAGUCAUUCCAGGAGCAGGCGAAGAAGAGUUCUGAGGAGGAGUGGAUCACUUCAAUUUACAGAAACAUCAGCACAACUCAGUCGGAAUUGACGAGACUGGAGAUGCUCUGUGCUUUGUCUGACGACAGAUCGAAUAAUCUCAGAUUGCCUCCGAAGGAUUAUGUGAAACUUCUGGCACCUCCUGCCAAGUCUGACGACUACUCCAAAGCCACAGCCCAUGAUUCAUCGUCUUUGAAUUACGUGAGGACUCUGCCCCUGCUUGAUCAGAUUAAAAUCAUCAUGAAGGACGCCAGAAUUCUCUCAUUCAUCCAGCUGAGAUCGAUCAUAAGCUCGGAACAUGAGACAUCAGCUAUUCUGAAGUAUUUGCAGCAAGUUGCUGUUCUUGUUCAGGGUAAUUGGAUAGUCAACAGCGAAUUGAUCUAUCCAGUAGCCACGAAAUCAUCGCACAAUGGAAUACCGGCUGAGCUAAUGUGCAGAGCUAGGGAUUAUAUUCUUCUGUCGUUCACUGAGAGUGAGUUUGUGGAUAGAAAAGCUGUUUCUUCGGUGGUGAGAUUACCACCUGAGGAGAUCAAGGAGAUAUUCACCAAUUUAGCGAGAAUUCAGCCCAAGAAGGGCUGGCAAUUGAUAUUGCCAUCUAGCACUGAAUUUCAGGCGAGGUAUCCUGAGAUUGCGCAGAGACAGCAGCUGUUUUGGGAGGCCAAGAGGAAACACCUGAAGGAUGUGAUGGAGGCACCGAGUCAACCACCUCAGAGGCAGAGGAGAAAGUCCAAUAGGGAAUCUAUUGGGUCGGAGAAUGAGGAGAGAAAUGUCGGCAGGGGACGACAUCGCCAGAGGGACUCUUCUAUGUCUGAUGAUGGCACUGGCGAACCUGUUAAAAGCAAAAAGGGAAAUAGAGGGAAAAAAGUCUCGGAGACGACGUGACACAUCAGGUAGUCGCUCGUGAGGAAUGUGAGAAUUUUGUGAGUGGAUGAAGCUCGUCUGACUCUAAUAUAUUCAGAAAAUAAUAUUUACUGUGGACAACAGUAAUUCCAAUUUGUUGGAUUAUAUUUUUUUUAGGUGCGCUCAUUUGUAUCAGAUAGCGAAAAAAUGAUUUUUGGUGCAGAGUGAAGAGACGGUUUUUGAGAUUGUCAUAGGAAUUUUUAUAAAUGAAUGUUACUGCCAAUUUAUUCAAUCUCUUUUCCACAGUUAUCAUCAAUUAAUUAUUUGUUUCUUUUGUUAUUUUUGGAUUUGAUGAUUCUGACAUUGUUCUUCUCGUUCCAUGUACAUGAAAUGAAAAUUUAAAUUAAUUCUGAAUAUAAUAAAGCUAAUAUGUUUUUUUUUCAACCAUAUCGAAGGGACAAAGUUGAAAGGUUUAUUAUUACAUACAUCAACACUGUAUAUAUUUAUUCAUACUGCCACUAUAUCACAGCAGAAAGAUUCAUGAAUAAACGAGAGCAAUUAUAAAGAAGUGCAA